UAGCGGACAUGCGUCACUUCCGUGUGUGCCGUGACAGUGACGCUACAGCAAUAGAUUCCGAUGAGUGGAAGGCAUGUGUUAUCAUGUUCUUAAAGAUUGAAUCGAAAACAUCACCGACCUGUCCUCAUAGCUGGACAAGAAGAAGAAUGCUCUUUGUUAUUCUUAAGCAAUGGUAGUGAGAGACUGACUGCGUACAUAAAUACAACAUGCCACUGUCAGACAUUCUGGACAGUCUGAAGGACAACCCGUACUUCGGGGCUGGCUUUGGACUGGUGGGCGUCGGAACCGCCUUGGCGUUGGCUAGGAAAGGAGCCCAGGUGGGGAUGGUGUUUUUCCGCAGGCACUACAUGAUCACCCUGGAGGUGCCCAGCAAGGACAAGAGCUACCACUGGCUCCUGAGUUGGAUCACCAAGCACGCCACUCGAACCCAACACCUGAGCGUGGAGACGUCCUAUAUGGCGCACGAAAGCGGACGCGUUCAAACCCAGUUUGACUUCCAUCCCAGUCCGGGGAAUCACAUCAUCUGGUACGGCCGCAAGUGGAUCAGAGUUGAGCGGACCAGAGAGAAACAGAUGAUUGACAUGCACACAGGCACCCCUUGGGAGUCUGUCACAUUCACAGCAUUGGGCCGAGACCGAAAGGUCUUCUUCAAUAUUUUACAAGAAGCCAGGGAGUUGGCGCUGAAGCAGGAAGAAGGACGUACGGUGAUGUACACAGCCAUGGGGGCCGAAUGGCGACCCUUUGGGUUUCCGCGGCGACGCAGACCCCUGAGCUCCGUGGUGCUGGAGGCGGGCGUGGCCGAAAGGAUCGUGGACGACGUCAAGGAGUUUAUUGGGAACCCCAAGUGGUACACGGAUCGCGGCAUCCCGUACAGGAGAGGCUAUCUGUUAUACGGACCCCCAGGAUGUGGGAAAAGCAGCUUUAUCACGGCUCUGGCCGGUGAGCUGGGCUACAGCAUAUGUUUGAUGAGUCUGAGUGACCGCUCCCUCUCAGAUGAUCGUCUCAACCACCUGUUGAGUGUGGCCCCGCAGCAAAGUAUUAUUCUGUUGGAGGACGUGGACGCCGCCUUUGUUAGCCGAGAGCUGCUUCAAACAGAGAAUCCUUUAGCCUACCAGGGAAUGGGGAGGUUGACUUUCAGCGGCCUGCUGAACUCUCUGGACGGAGUGGCUUCAUCCGAGGCCAGAAUUGUAUUCAUGACCACAAACUACAUUGACAGGCUAGAUUCAGCGCUAAUCCGGCCCGGCCGCGUGGAUCUCAAGCAGUAUAUCGGCCAUUGUACCCACUGGCAGCUCAGCCAGAUGUUUCGACGCUUCUAUCCGGAUCAGGCCAUCUCGGAGGGCGAACGCUUUGCGACUUCCGCGCUGGCGGCCCGCACGGAGAUCAGUGCUGCUCAGGUGCAAGGACACUUUCUGUUGCACAAAAUGGACCCUGCGGGAUCGAUACAAAACGUCACCCAAAUGAAGGAGUGACGGUUGGAGAUUUUUUUUU